CCGACGCCCCCUGGAGGCCAUCGAGUCAUCUGGCGGUGACAGGCAGCAGCCUCCUCGCGCGGCGUCACUCUCCUCCUGGCGCGGCAGCAGCAGCGUGGGACAGAAUUCGCGAGUGAAUUGACGCUUGUCAUGGAUCGACUGGACGAAUGGGGCUUCAAGUCCAAGAAGAUGGAGCUGGAGGAGGACUUCUACUUCGACUACGCAGCGGAGGAAAUGACAGGUUAUCAAGACCCCCGUGAACUCGUGGCCGCUCUGAAACAAAAGGAGGAAGAGGUGAUUCUGGCAGCGCAGCUGGGAAACGCGCUGCUCCUGGAGAACCGUCAGCUGAAAGAGCGCAGCCAACUCCUCCACGAGCAGUACGCGGGCAACCUGGAGGAGCUGGAGCAGGGCCGGCAUGAGCUGCGGCUGAAGCUGGAGGGCUGCCAGUCCCAGUGGGAGAGCCAGGUCAUAGACCUGGAGAGGGAUGUGAGCGAGCUGAGCGCCCAGGUGGAGCGGCUCACCCAGGCACUCAGCGAGGCCGAGAGGCACAAGAGUCGAGCCCAGCUGGAGCACAGCGAGCACACACAGCGACUCCGGGACGAGCUCAAUACGGCGAUGGAGGUGGAGAGGGCCGUGUCCAGCGAGCUGCAGGCUCUAAAACAGGAGCUCCAGAAAAAAGGAAGCCACAGCAGUCCUCAGGAUGAGGAGCUGCUCAGUGCCAUGAGGGAGCAGGUGUUGCGUAUCAGCCAGAAGGAUCAGGUGUUGGAGGAGCGGUUGAAGAAUGUGAGUCAAGAAAACACUGAGCUGAGGACGAGUUUGGCCUCUUUACACACACGUCUGGCUCUGCACGACCAACUCAACCAACAGCACAGCCAGCAGCUAGCAGAGGCUUGGCAGGAGGUGGAGGUGGCCCGGGGUCGCUCACAGCAGCUGCAGGCCCAGGUGGACGAACUUCAGGAGGAGGUGUCUCUUCAGGAAGCCAGGAGCCACGGAGACGCCUCCCUGCUGUCCGAGCUGGAGAGCGGCCUGGAGACAGCAGCGCUGGGAGUCAGCAAAGAGGAGAUAACGCAAGAAAUGGUGUCCAUCCUUCAGUUACUGCUCCCACUGACCCGGGAACCGAGCAGCCCGGCGAGGUCAGAUUCCUUGGAUCAACAGGACGACCUGCAGGCCAUGCUGCACCGCAUCAAGGGAGUGGCCCAGACCCUGGCGCAGGGUUCCAGCCCUCAGGAGCUGAAUCUGGCUUUUGUCGACAGGAUGGCUGAUCAGUGUGGGAAUAGGAGCACAGCACAGGAGCUGAGAGAUCAGAACGUCCAGCUGCAGCAGGAAAAUGCUGAGCUGCGACAGAAGCUGCAGAGUGUACAGGGACAAGGUGAAGUUGUCCAACAGGCCAUCAGAGACCGAGAUGAAGCCAUAGCCAAGAAAAACCUGAUGGAGGUCGAGUUGGUGAGAAGUAAAAACGAUAUGAUGUCUCUGAACAACCAGUUAUUAGAAGCCAUCCAACGUAAACUGGAACUGUCCCAGGAGCUGGAGGCCUGGCAGGAUGACAUCCAGAUCGUCAUCAACCAGCAGCUAAGGUCCCAGCAGCUGUCGGAGCAGCCUCAGAAGAAGCCUACCUCCAACAGCCUGUCCUUCUUCCGCAGGCCCAGCAGGGUGGCCUCCACCUGGACGCAUCAGCCCUCCUCCUCAUCCUCAACCUGGAGUUCAGACACUAAUCAGGACAAAAUCCAGUCCCCCUGGAGGGACUGGUUAAGACGUGGAAAAGGAGCGCAAUAUGGCAAAUAAUGGACAGUGGGUGCUACAACUCCCUCUUGAAUGAACCAUGAGGUGAGGACAGAGGGAAUCCACAAAUAAACCUCCCCUUACAUUAUGCAUUUUUGCAAAAGAGCCAUAAAAACACUUUUGAGUCAGCAAUAACCUGCAGAGCCACACCGAACAAAGACUUGUUAAAUCGACACUGACUGAAAGUCAUUUUACUAUGAGGCUGAGCCUUCCUAAAACCUAAAAUGUGACAACCAGGGAGCAAUGUCAUUUCAACAGAAAGAUGUUCGAAAGGUUUGCUUGACACUGUAAAUAUUGUGCCUUAUUUUGUAUUAUUGUGAUUGUCUUUCUGUCUGAGACUCAAUGUGGUAUACUGUACAUAGUAUUGUAGAUGUAGAUGACUAGAGAGUAUUUGUUGGAAAUAUUUAUCCUCACAGAUAAAAGAAAUAAAAGAAGUACGGUCAGGAAAUGAACGAUAGAGUUAAUCCGCAACUGUACUGAAUUUUGACCUUACGUACCAAGUAAGUUUGAAGUUUAAAAAAAAAGGUUGAUUGUAUAAGAAUCAGUAUGUGUCUUCAUGUACACUUAGUAAGCUGUUAUUUAAAAAAUAUAUUUUUUGUUAUUUCUUUGUUUUGAUAAAAAAAAGAUGUUUGCUGUAUAUUGACUGAGUGAGGACAUGUCUCUGUGUAGCAGACACGCACGUGUGUGUAUGUUCCGUGACUCAGUGAUCAUUAUUGAAGCUAUUUAGUUGUGUUUGGCCUAAGCUGUCUGACUGACCAUAUCUUGAAUGAUAGAGAUGACGAUACUUUCAUAAAACAACAAAUAUUCCUUCUGUUUGUGUACUUGAGUUUUUUUGUUCAUAAUAUUAACAUUAAACUGACAAUGGGCUUACUACUA